AUGCAAGUCAGUGAUAUUAUAAAACCUGGAGAUUUCAAUAAUAAAUCAUACAACUCAAUGAUACCAAUCAUAAGGAUUUUAAAAGUUUUUGCUAUUAACGGCAAUGUGGCGCCCAACAAGACAUCCAUGCUCAUCAAAAGCAUUUGUGCCUGUUCCAUAUUCGGAUGUUUGAGCUCCUACUGCUUGUACUACAAAACAAAAUAUGUUUACAACAGGUUGGAUAUUUCUAUCAGAGUAACAGACAUGGCACAGAUGAUUUGCGACUUCUUCCAGUAUACUGUCGAUCUAUUCUUUGUCUAUAAAUUUGGGAGGAACUUGUACAUAGAAUACUUCAGACAGUUCGAAAUAAUUGAUGUUUGUCUAGAAACUAGUUGCUACGCUGAAAUGAAACGGAGACUGUUAAAAACUAUGACUUUUUUCUUAGUCAUUUGGUUCAUAAGUUCUUUUACUGAUCUAGGAGCAUGGGUCAUUACCUACGGUUGGAUGAUCCCAGUCGUACAUUCACUUUCAUACCUGUAUCUCCUUAUUAAAAUUCUGGCUACAUUAGACUUGAUUGCAAAUAUAAUACAAGUUGAAGUUCGGCUAAGAAUUAUCAACAAUUUUAUAAAAAAUUGCUACAAAUGUGCAAGCGCCUGUCCUGUUGGGAUGUUAGCAGACUGUAUACGUAACAAGAAUUGGUUGCAUGGCGAAGAUGGAUCGCCAGAUCAAAGUUUCAAGGCACGUUCAAUAGACAGUCAUGAAAUAAAACGGCUCUCUAAAUGUUACCUCUUGCUAACGGAACAAGUUAUGUUUAUUAACAAAAUGUACGGAUUUCGGAUUCUACUGAACACAACGAGUCUGCUAUUCGAUAUGGUGAAGAUAUUGAAUUUAGCUAUAAGAAUUAUCGUCGGGUCACAGCGAACCCUAUACAACAGCGCGGGCUACAACUUUUUGCCGGGAGUGUCCGGAUUUGUUCGCUUUUUAACUUGCGCUGCCAUUUUAAUAACUUUGGUAAACCGUUGCGAGCAAGCCUAUCGGCAGAGAGAGCGGAUCCUCAACGUCAUUGAUCAUUUACUGAUUAAUAAGAAUCCUGAUGUAACCCUGCGGUCAGCAAUACAGGACUUACAGUCAUUAUUACAAGAUCGCCCCAUAUGCUUCAACAUGGCAGGUUUCUUCACAUUGAACUUCUCGCUUUUAGUUUCUAUAGCUUCCGUGGUGGUAACAUACACCAUAAUAUUGUUACAAAGUGUGAAUUGAAAUAUAUCAUAUUUGUUAUUUG